UGUCAUGAGACGAGAGGCGUCAAGCUGCAGCCAUACCCGUCUCUGUAGUCCAGCAAAGAACUGGUGCCACUCUGGAACCAGUUUUUCUGGCCCAGAGCCAGUUCUUUUGUCGGUCGAAACAGAAAAACCGGCUCCAAAUUCAGCACUGGAACUGCUUUGGUGGAAAAGGGUAGGAGGACACCACGGGAAACGGCUCUCCAACGGGCGGGACUCGGGAGACACUUCGACCCCAAGUGCUGUCAACUCAACCAGACAUGAUUUACCGCUGUCAUAACAACUGGACGGACUUUAUCUCUGACAGCUGAAGCUACGAGCUGUUUUAAAACGCGCCUUAAUCCUCAGUGGCGGCAACUGAUGUAAAUAAUACAGUGGCAGAAGGUUGGUGAAACAAACUACGGUGCACAGCUGCUCUCCAGCAGGAACAAAUGGGUUCGACGUUGAGUGCCAGACGCUGGCUGGGGGAUUUAACAGCUGUGAGCCCCUCAGCCAGAGCAACUGGUGUAGAAGAGAAACAGCGGCCUUCACUGAUCCAGAGGGUGGAAACAGUGACGUCUGUCAUAGAGCUGCUUUUGGAAACACUGGCUGGUUUGAGUGACGGGGAGCUUGAGAUGUUCAAAUUGUUCCUGGAUCGAAGUGACCUCCGCAGACACUACCCAGAUAUCCACUUUGGGCUUCUGAGGACAGCAGACAUGCAGGACACAGUGUUUUUAAUGGUGCUGACCUAUGGCCAACAGUCUGUGGAGAUGACCAAGGAGGUUUUAAAGGAGAUGAAGAGGACUGAUCUGGUGCAGAGGUUGUCAGACAGCAGCUCAGGAACCAAAAAAAAACACUCUGUGGAUGAACACCUGUCUGCACUGAUCCACAAAGUGUCAGCAAUAGUGGUUUGUAAAGAGCUGCUUUUGGAAACACUCAGUGAUUUGAGUAACAUGGAGCUCAAGAAAUUCAAGUUGCUGCUGCAGUUCACGUUCUUCCAGAGGAGCCUUAAACUCAUCUCAUGGAGAGAACUGGAGUUGACCAACAGUACAGACCAACUGGUUGAUGUGAUGUUGGAGAGAUACGGUCAACAGUCUGUGGAGGUGACCAAGGAGGUUUUGAUGGACAUGAACAGGACUGAUCUGGUGCAGAGGCUGCCAGAGACCAGCUCAGGACAAGAAGCUGCAGGACCAUCAUCUGAAGCUUUUGGUGUGAGAACCACGGAGGGAGAGAAACACUGUGUGGAUGAACAUUGGCCUGCAUUGAUCAGGAAGGUGGAGGCGAUGACGUCUGUCAUAGAGCUGCUUUUGGAAACACUGGCUGGUUUGAGUGACUGGGAGCUCAGGAAGUUCAAAGUGUUCCUCCCGAGUCAGACUGACCUCUACAGACGCGUCUCAGGCAUGACUUUCAUACUGCAGGAGUUAGAAGACUGGCAAGCCACAGUGUUUUUAAUGGUGCUGACCUAUGGCCAACAGUCUGUGGAGAUGACCAAGCAGGUUUUAAAGAAGAUGAAGAGGACUGAUCUGGUGCAGAGGUUGUCAGACAGCAGCAAAGGACCCAAAAAGCAACACUCAGAUGAACACCGACCUGCACUGAUCCAGAAAGCAGCAACAAUGGCAGCUGUUAAACAGCUGCUUUUGGAAACUCUGAAUGAUUUGAGUGACAAGGAGCUCAAGAAAUUUAAGUGGUCCCUGGAGUGGAUUGUCUCCCAGAAGAACCUCCCAGACACCUCAUCAGCACUGAGUUACACCACAGACAGAGCACAAAUAGUGGAUGUGAUGUUGCAGACCUACAGCCAACAGUCUGUGCAGUUAACCAGGGAGGUUGUAAAGAAAAUGAACAGGACUGAUCUGAUGCAGAGGUUGUCAAAGCCCAGCUCAGAACUCAAAGAGAAACACUCAGUGGAUGAACAUCUACCUGCAGUGUUGGAGAGAGCAGCUGUGAAACAGAUUCUUUUGGAAACACUGAAGGAUUUGAGUUAUGAGGAACGUGAGAAAUUCAAGUGGUUGCUGUGGUUCACGCAGUUCCAGAAGGGCCUUCCACACAUCUCAUUGAGCCGACUACAGUGGACAGACAGUGCAGACACACUGGUGGAUCUGAUGAUCCAGACUUGUGGCCAGCAGUCUGUGGAGGUGACCAAGGAGGUUUUCAUGGACAUGAACAGGACUGAUCUGGUCAACAAGUUGUCAGUCAUCAGCUCAAGAAUCAAAGAGAAACAUCUAUCUGAACUGCUCCAGAAAGAAGUCACCAUGACACCACUAAUGGAGAAGCUUUUGGAAACACUGGAAGAUUUAAGUCAGUGGGAGCUCGGGGACUUCAAGCAUGUCCUACUGCACACUAGAAUGAAGAAAGGCCUCCCUGAAAUCUCAACACAGAGAAUGGACAGGGCAGGUAGAGUUGGCAUGUUGAAGCUGAUAGUGGAGAUUGACGGCCAGCAGUCUGUGGAGGUGACAAGGGAGGUUUUAAUGGAGAUGAACAGGACUGAUCUGGCAAAGACGCUGUCAGAAAUCAGCUCAGGACACAAAAAGGAACAUUCGUCAGAACCGCUCCAGAAAGAAGUCACCAAGACACCACUAAUGGAGAAGCUUUUAGAAACACUGGAAGAUUUAAGUCCCGGGGAGCUCGAGAAAUUCAAGCAUGUUUUGCAGUACACUAAAAUGGAGAAAGGCCUCCCAGAAAUCUCAGGACACCAAAUGGAGACAGCAGACAGAUUUGGAAUAGUGGAGCUGAUGGUGGAGAUCUACGGCCAACAGUCUGUGGAGGUGACCUGCAAAGUUUUGAGGAAGAUGAACAGGACUGAUCUGGCAGAGAUGCUGUCAGGAACCAGCUCAGGACUCAAAGGGCCUUCAAGAAGCUUGGAGCUUGAGGGUUGUGGAAGCAUUAUGCAGGACUCCAGUGACUGGACUAAAGUUGAACCUGAAGUGAACAGUACAGAUGCAAACAAGGCUUCAACUUACAGCCUACAGUCUGGAGCAGGAAACUUUGAAUGCAGUGUCUCUGGUAUGCGCUGGGUCUGUAAGGAAAAGGUCAGCUUUAAGUACCAGUUUUACUCUUGGGAAGGACCUAUGGAAAGGAUAGAAAGCAUGAAGUACAUGCCUGCAGGUCCCCUGAUGGACAUCACAGUCACUGCUGGGAAGUUAGAUGUAGUGUACCUGCCACACUGGAUCGCCAUAGAUGACAAUCCUACAAUAUUAGACAAGUUUGCAGUCCUACACAUAGAUGACUGUGGAGAUGUCGUGGAAAAAGUGUCUGAGGUCACAUCGUCCCAUGUCAAGCUGUCUGACCCAGAUUUCUCUCUAUUAAUGGUCCUGUUGGACUGGUUGGGCCUUCCAGUGGAAAUAAACUGUAUGGUGUUAAUAUAUAGCAAGAUCCUCACAGCAUCAUCUCAGACAUCCCUCACACUCCAUGUUUACCUGAUCCCAUGUGAUCUUGGUCUACAAGAGGAAUUAGAUUCAAGAGAAAAAUCCUAUGGAUUCAAGGGAAUCCGAAAGCCAAAACCAGAAAAGUCCCUGAAAAUGCAAAAUUGGUUCACUUUAACGACAGAUCAGGAAGGUGCAGAGAUUUAUCCUGAAGGCGAGAAACCCCAGAAAAGCACAUUAAAGCUCAGAUAUGACAGCACAGAUCCAAACUUCUAUGAAGUGGUCGUUCAAAAUCCAGACAAAGACUUUAAGCUCAUGCUCACACCAGAAAAUGGGCAUCAGCCAGUUUGGACCUGUAAAAUUCUAAAAGGUGAAUGGCAAAGCACUGGCCAUGUACAAGAGAAACACUCAGUGGACAAACACCAGGAAGCAGCAAUCACAGUGGCAGGAGCGAAGCUUCUGAAUAUGCUGAAAGAGUUGAAAAGUGAAGAGUUCAAAGAAUUCAAGUGGCGCCUCCCACGCAUCACAGAGAGCCAACGGGAGAAUAGUGACAGGGUAGACCUGGUGAAACUGAUGCUGCAGACCUACAGCCAAGAGUCUGUGGAGGUGGCCAAAGAUAUUUUAAAGGAAAUUCCCAGGAAUGAUCUGGUGCAGCUGUUGUCAGACACCAGCUCAGGAUCAGAAGAGAAACACUGAUGCAGACCAUGAGCACAGCAUGUCCGCCUGACUCUGCACAACACAGCUUUCAUUCAAACAUGCUGGAUGAAAGUCAUUGUCACCUUGAACUGAUCAAUUAUGAUACAAACCAAAAUUUUCAUCAUGAUAAAGCUGUCGCAGAAGUGAGGCUGUAUUAAUCUCUUCAACAACGUGUUCUUCAUCACGUAACGAUGCAGUGAUCUCAUUGAGGAACUCACAAGGAAAUGUGAGUUUUUAUGCCGCUGGGGCUGAGGCAUAUUGUUUUUGGGUUAGCUGUCCAUCCAUUUGUCUGACUGUCUGUCUGUCUGUCCCACUCACAUGAACACAAUACCUCAAGAAGGCCUCGAGGGAAUUUCUUCAAAUUUGGCACAAAUGUUCACUUCACAUGAACUGAUUUGAAUUUGGUGGUCUAAGGUCAAGGUCAGUUCAUGACUUUGGCCAUAACUCAAAACGUUAAUGUAUGACACACUAUAUUUAAAUUUUUCAGCAUUCAUUUUUUAAUAACAUACUAUAUUAUGACUUUGUAUUGUUAUUUAUACCAUGUCACCUGACUUUGGCCUUAAUGUGGAACCUUCCUCUCAUGAAUUUAUGACUUCAUUGGUGUAAACUGUGAGAGCAACGUGAGCAGUGUUAUAACACUUUAUUAAUGCAGGAUGUAAAAAUGACUGAAGUCUGGAGGAUUGUGUUUUUUUUCUUUCUUUAUCCUGUUUUGUUUCAUUUUAUUUUAUCUUCAAAUCCCAUUCAUGUGUUUUUAUAUUUGAGUAUAUAUUUUCUUAAAAUCUUUUCAUGUCUUAAAUUAAGCACAGUUUAUUUUUUGUCGUCAUUUAUAUGGAUAUACUGUGUCCUUUGAAUUCACCAGGUUGUAACAAUGAUGGCUAUUAAUUUUUUUUUUUACAGGUGGAGAGUCAUUAAAAAAACUGUUCUGAUAAUUGUUUAAACCAUUUUUCACGCAAAAACAUUAAAUGGUUCUAGCUACUUAAA